CGGGAAUUUCGAAUUGGAGAGAGCGAUUGUAUUUUGCCAAUAGUGUGUGCAAACCAAAGAUGUCCGAAUGGCGUGAAUGUUGAUAGAAGGAUAUCACUGACGACUUCAUGAUUUAAACAGCGGAUUUCAGACAGAUUUCUUUCGUGAUAUCACUUCGUAUGAGAAACGAAAUGAUGGGAACUACAACAAGUCAUUUGGUGAUCAUUAACGCCUUAAUUAAACUGGUGUCAACCAAGAUGGAUAAAAACAUCCUGAGUCACAAUUGGAAAUGGAUCCAACGUAGGCUCGAGUACACAUCACCAUCUAUGUGGCCUGGUCAGAUCAGCGAGGAAUGGAACAGGUUUUCAUCAGGAGUUGAUGGCGGGUCAAGUGGACAGGAUAAUCUUGCUUGGACAGCAUCUGCAGAUCUGCAUGUAAUUAUAUCUUACGCACAAGAAUCAACCCGGUGUCGACCAAAACUUGGUGGUCCGCGAUUGGUAACCACCUCAUGCAUCAUCAUGAGACGAGUAACAUGAGUAAGGUGAAUAGAAGAAAGUUGCUUGGAAGUCAUCCGCGUGUGAUUAUCUUACAACGGGAUGUUGUCCGACAUCAUCGUUGACCGUCCAAUUCGAUUCGCCAACUUGAGAAGGACCCACGUCCCUGUGAAGGAUGUGGAUGCAUGGAGUGCGGUCGACGAAUCGGCGACGAACAUACCAACCUGAUAAAACGGUGUGAAAAAUCCAACUGAUGCAGUCUCAGCAUGGUUCUGGCCCGGGUGAGGGGUGCGUCAAAAGAAUCCAGAUGGUCUCCCGAUGGUCUCCUGCAUUUCUCCCUCCGGCCAGAGCAGGACUAUACGUUGCAUGACGGGAACGUUCCCGAUGAAUGCAUCCUACAUUGGCUAGUUUUUGCAAUCGAUACGGGAACGGAUUCUACAACUUUGACAGUCUAUUGAAAAUGCACGUCAAAUCGCAAUGAACAUCUGGGAGGUCUUUGUCGAAAAUCGGUGAACCGGGAAAGCUGAUCGUAUGAGUUUUGGAGCUGAAGAAAAAUGGCAAAUAAUGUCGUUUGUCCAGUGUCCAGGACAAAACUGAUAUUUCUAUUCACCUGUUUCCAAAAGACUGCUUUAUCGUGAAGGGCUUUUGACAAUAG